GGCAGCAUUAGUUGCGCCUGUUGUGACACGCCUCGGCUGCAGCAGCCUGCAGAGCUCAGACUAGAGAAAGUAGAGAAGCUGGUUUGGUAUUUAACAUAACCUGUUUGUUCAAAUUUAAACUGAAAGAUGGGGAAGCUGGUCAUCAUCUCGCUGGUGAUAGCUGCCUUUGCGGCGCUGCUCGGAGAGAGGAUUGUCAAUUUAAGGAGAAGGACCCUCGCCUCAAGAGAGCUGCCCAAUAAUCACCUCCCCAACUGUGUUGCUCUCAAAAACCUGGGUGAUGGCGCAGAGGAUAUCACGAUUCUUGGAAACGGGUUUGCCUUUAUCAGCGCUGGUCUGAAGUAUCCUGGACUGCCAUCCUCCGAUGCCCCUGGAAAGAUCUUUUCCCUUGAUAUGAAUGAUCCUCGGAUGAAACCAGUAGAGCUGCGCAUGCCGAGAAACUUUGAUCUGGAAUCAUUCAACCCUCAUGGCAUCAGUGCAUACAUCGAUCCAAGUGAUGACACAAUAUACCUGUUUGUCGUCAAUCAUCCUGAACACAAAAGCCAAGUAGAACUGUUCAGAUUUGGUGAGGACGACAUCUCACUGGUGCAUCUGAAAACCAUAAAACAUGAACUUCUCCACAGUGUGAACGAUAUUGUUGCCGUGGGAGUGGAUAGCUUCUAUGCAACCAAUGACCACUACUUUUCCAGUGGUGUCUUUAAACAUAUGGUGGAGCUUCUUCUGGCUCAGCCUUGGGCCAAUGUUGUGUACUACAGUCCUGAGGAAGUAAAAGUGGUCUCGGAGGGAUAUUACUUUCCAAAUGGCGUUAAUAUCUCACCAGACAAAAGGCACAUCUAUGUGGCAGAUCUAUUUGGUCACAAUGUGCAUGUGUUGGAGCGGAAGGAAGACAACGCAUUGGUCUCGGUGAAGUCUGUGGCAGUCGGUUCACUCUGUGACAACAUUGAAGUGGAGCCUGAAACUGGUGAUCUGUGGUUAGGCUGUCACCCUAAUGCAUGGAAAGCUUACGUGUUUGACCCCAACGACCCGCCUGGAUCAGAGGUCAUCCAAAUCCAGAACAUUCAUUCCGAUCACCCAGUGGUGACUCAGGUGUACGCUGACGACGGCCAUGUGCUCAUUGGCUCCUCUGUAGCAGCUCCCUAUGGGGGGAAGUUGCUCAUUGGCACGGUGUUCCACAAAGCCCUGUGCUGUGAUUUGAAGUAGUCAGUUACCCUUUAACAUGAUUUACCUCUUUACAAAGUUCUCAAUCAGACAAGGCAAUGAUGAUUUACAUGGAUGUUACAGAUGAUUUACCCUGUUGUACUAGACAGGAUCUGAUAAUAGACCCAGAAAAGAGUGCCUGAAGAUCCACCAGGAGGAGCAGGAGGAAGAUAGAUGUAUUUUGUUUACCUGAAUUUAUCACAAUGAACCCUGGGUGCAACAGCAUAUUUGAAAGUGGUCUGAAACACAGAAGUUACUGAACUGCCCAGAGAAGUUAAACCACUGUGAAAUAAGUAUUUGGAAAAAAGUAUUUUCUAUAUUGUUAAAAAAAAAAUCCUAUAUUUUUGCUUUGCUGUGUAUCAUGAAAAGACUAUUUUUCACUGGUCACAUGAAAAUUUGAAAUCUGUGCAGAUGCAUUGUAUGUAACUGGGUGUUUUUACUUGUUUUGAAUUGCUAUUUUCACAUUUGUGUCAUAUAUUUGAAUGUAAUUAAAACAGUAAAGUGUA